AUGGCAAUCAUAGACCAGGCAGUGCGUUGGUUUCGAAAAUUGUUCAGCAAAUCGCAAGCAAAAGAUGUGUUCUGGUUGCUGGACUAUCUGUUGAUCUUGGGAGGAACCUAUCACAGACCGAGAGGAGUUUGGCGCAUCACGAUUUGGUAUCUCUACCAGCUGCUGUCCGUUUUCCAGUGCUGUCUUCAGAUACUGAUAGUCGUCAGCAAUUUGAGCAGUUUGGAGGACCAAACCUCAACGAUCUGGUCCGCGAUAUCGCUGCUGGCCAUGACUCUGUGCUACGUGAAGCAGUUGCUACUGUGGCGUUACCGCGAGUCGAUCAACAACUUGAGGACGUUCAUCACCGGUAGUCGAUUCUGCUCGGGGAAUCCCUCGUACGAUGAAGCGCUCCGGAGUAAGUUCUCCCGAGUCUCCCAGCAAAUGGUCGUUGCCAUACUCGCGUUGAUUCUGCUCGACGAAGUCUUCAUCGCCGCACCGAGUUCGCUGCGGACGCGAUGGUUCGGGAUACCCCAGUGGUUUUACUCCUACGGUUACGGAACAGCGUUGGCGAUUGAACUGGCCUUCUACCCAUUUUUUGCCCUAAUUUGGGUGUCGAAGCUGUUUUGUGGCUCCGCCACGGUUGCCAUCGUACUGCUCGGAUUACGAGCUGAGCUUCAGAUAUUGACGCAGUACUAUGGACGCCUUACGAGAUGCUUGCAGAUGGAGUUGUCAUUGGGGCCGUUCUUGUUCUACGAUCGCUAUCAAAAGUCCCCUCGAAUAAGAUCAAUAUUUUGGGAUCAACUAAGGCUUCGCCUUGGUGUCGCGGUUCAGCGUCAUGUUCAGCUUCUUGAAAACCUGCAAUCCCUCCAAGUUUUGUUCGAAAAGAUCUUCUUCCUAAUCUACUACCAGUCAAUCAUCGCAGCGGGUGCCAUAUCGUACGUGAUCAUAAGGGACGAGUUCAGUCUGUGCAGUGUUGCCGUCCUAACGUGCAUGUCCAUCUCCGUUCUGGAGUGCUACUGGUGGUGCCAUCUGGUGGAUACAUUUCAAGAUGUGAACGAAACCAUUUCCAGGCACCUGUUGAGCCAGUGCUGUCAGCUGCCCUACUCGGACGAUCAUCACGUGGACUACGUCAAAAUGCGGACCAGCUUGCUGAUCAUUGCCGGGCGAUCGCGCCAAAGCGUUGGGUUCAGCUGCUGUGGGAUCUUCAAGAUAUCGACGGCGAUGUUUGCCAACCUGUUGAACAUUUGCUACUCGGUGCUGAUGUUUCUGGUCAACGUAGGCGAUGGGGUUAAACCGGUUGCGCAGUUGCAGGCUUGGAUCGGGAGCGUGGUUGAUCCGGGAAAGAAUGACUUUAUUGAGGGCUGA